AAAUUAUAGUGUACAGCACUAAAAUGUUGACAGUUGGUUAUUACAUAAACUGUCAAAUCCGAAAAAAAUAGCACGGUUCAGGAUCUCCAGGAUUUAAAUGGCUGGAUUAAUCAGAAACGUUGGCCUCAGAUUGGCUUCCCAAGCGGUGGCCAAAAAUGGUGUUGCUGCGGCUUCAAAUGUCGGUGCUUUGCGUUUGGCCAGUACUGCAACCGAUGCUCAAUCGAACAAACCCACUAUCCGCAAGCCAAAUGAGACUGCAAGGAGCCAUUUAUCCGAUUUUGGGCGUUAUGUUGCUGAGUGCUUGCCGAAGUACGUGCAAAAAGUUCAGUUAACCUCUGGCGAUGAAUUGGAGGUCCUUAUUGCACCAGAGGGAGUAGUUCCAGUGUUGCAGUUCUUAAAGGAUCACCAUCAAGCUCAAUUUGCCAAUUUGGUUGACAUUGCUGGCAUGGACGUCCCCAGCCGCAAAUACCGUUUUGAAGUCAUUUACAAUAUUUUGUCAUUGCGUUAUAAUUCUCGCAUUCGUGUUAAGACAUACACUGAUGAAUUGACUCCAUUGGACUCUUGCAACGAAGUCUUCAAAGCAGCUAACUGGUAUGAACGUGAAAUCUACGAUAUGUAUGGUGUCUUCUUUGCCAACCAUCCAGAUUUACGUCGCAUUCUUACCGAUUAUGGUUUUGAAGGUCAUCCCCAACGUCGUGAUUUUCCAUUAUCUGGUUACGUUGAGUUGCGAUAUGAUGACGAGAAAAAACGUGUGGUAUGUGAGCCCCUAGAAUUGGCCCAAGAAUUUAGAAAAUUCGAUUUGUCUGCCCCAUGGGAGCAAUUCCCUAACUUCCGUAAAGCCCUACCUGCUUCGGAAACAGUUGAUACUGAGAAAAAGAAGGAAUAAAUUUGAAAUUGUAAUAAAAAAGUUGUCUUGAAGGCUUAUAUUACAUAGAAAAUAUACUCUAGAGAAAUAAAUGUUUACUAAAACAAAAA